CCAUUCUGCCUUUAGUUGUCAUACGGACAACGAGACACGCUGAUUACACGUAUAUAAUAUGAUUAUUUUUUGUGUUAUUUUUAGAAGUAACAUUGAUUGGACUGCAAAUUAUGUCAAUGAAAAAUUUUGCAAAUAUGAUAGUGGGCCCAGCGCGGGGUGACACUUUAUCCAUUAACUCUGAAGAGAUAAUUUUUCAUUCCACAUCGGACUCGGCCUCCGUAUUAAGGGAAAAUGGCAGCCCCCGUGAAUGUCAACAAAGAAAGGACACUCGUGCAGAACCCCUUGGAAUAGAAAACAACAAUGAGGUACAAGAAGGGUGUGAAUCAGAAAACCAGUGCGAUUCGGCGGAGAAGAAGAAAAGGAGGAGGCGUCUAAAGGGCGGUAAACACCACAGGAAAUGGAAACCAUACGAAAAACUUAGCUGGAACGAACGUCGGGAGCUCGAAGAGAGGGAAACUGUACGGGCGAACCAGAAGCGCGAGGAGGCGUUUGCACAUGGCCACCCUGUGGCACCUUAUAACACGACACAGUUUCUUAUGGAGGAUCAUGGAAAGGCGGAUCCAAAUAUUGGCGAAGGACAGCUCAACCGAAACAAUUCACGGGAAUCGACGGACGGGAGCGGAUCCACGAGUGACAGUUCGGAAGAAAUGUAUUCCGAAGAGGAGGAAUUCCUGGAAAAAGAAUUUGCCGAGACGUAUGAUAAUAUGCAUGCCGAGAGACUGCAGAAAAUGAGCAAGGACGAACUGAUUAAAGAUUACAUAGAAAUGGAAACCAAGCUGGACAGACUUCAGAAGCGGUUGGAACGGCGCGCUCGGCGGAAUAAUGAUACAGCUGACGAUAGCUCCGGUUCACUGAGUAGCGGCGGCGAGGAGUUCGUGGAUAUGGAUGUUGUUAGAAAACUUGAGGCGGAACAAGAUAAACUGAAAUUAGAAAAUGAACAAUUAAAAAGGGAACUGGUUAAGAUGAAAUCCAGCUGAUAAUUAAAUUUUAACAAUUUUUCCAGGCAUGAUGUUGGUACCUCACUUUGUACCUUUUUUUGUACAUUCAAAAUGAUUGAAAUGGAAAAAUGCAUUUUGAAGGAUGUGGAAUUUUUGUAAAGGGUUAAUUGUGUUGGAUUAUUUAACCUGUCAAUAUGGUAAACAGAUUUGAAAAGGGAAAGAGUGGUUUUGUUAGCAGCAAAUAUGUGCCAUUUGUGUUCUUAAAAUUAUGGCAUUAGUAUUUUAUAUAUUUUUUAUUGUUUUUUAUUUAAAAUAUAGAGUAAAAAAAAAAAAAAAAUAUCAAGUUGAUCUCAUUGGUGUUUUAAUGAUUUUUGAUAUUUUUGUUAUACUAUACAUUUUAUUUGUUCAUUUAUUUUGAAGCGCGAUAUUUGUGAAAAAACAUAGAUGCCACAUUGUCUUUCCUUUUUCAAUGACUUAAAUGUGUUUGACACUUGUCAUUAAUCAUGCUUUUUUUUUUUUAUAUUGAUGAUUCUCCAUUUGCGAAGGUGGGUUGUUAUAUGCAAGAAAUUAACAGAAAUUCAUUUGGGUUUAACUUUUAAAGCAAGCAUUUAAGACAUUGUAAAAUUUUGAUGUUUUCAACUUUCUUAUGCAAGGAAAACUUACUCAUGUAUAGUGCAUAUUGUCAUAUUAAACAGAUUUCUUGGUGCUGUUGCAACUAUUUUGUGCAGUGGACUGAAAUCCAAUCAAUGUCUGAAAACCAAACUACUAGUGCCGAGAUAGUUCUCUGUAGAAUUCCCAUUAUGUUCAGUGCUUCAAACCAUCUGGUUCUUAUAGCAUGCAUGUUGAAGAGACCGUUUUCCUUUGUUCGAAAACCAUUUUUCAUCCAAGUUUAUUUGAAAGGAAAUUGCACUUGACUGUUUACUUCUACAGGGCAUUUAAAUAAUGUAUUUCAAGAUGAUGUUUAUGUUUCAUUAAAAAAGGAUACAACAUCA